AUGGCUUUGCCAUAUCACGUCCUCAAGGUGUGCGACGGCAUCGUCUUUGCCGCUCGCGGAAGCAACAUCCACUCAUUCGACUCCAACUUCGAACCUAUCUCAGUAUGGAAGUACCCCGUCAAGCAGCAAGAGACCAACGCAGAGAAGGCCGAGAUUGAGACCCCGGCUCCUACCGUCGAGGCCGCCGAAGAGUCGCCCGUCCCAGAAGGACCCCCUGCUAAAAAGAGGAAAGUGGAAGAUGGCGAGGUGGUAGCCGUUACGGAAGAGAGCAAGGAGGAAACCACUGAAGGUCAAACUGAGACCAAGACUGAAGGAGGCUUGACCCAGCACCAGAAAGAAGUGAACAGACGCAGCAGGCGGCAAAAGCAGAAGCAAAAGACCGAGGGCGGCUGGGCAAAGAACAACAAGGCUGCUCUCGAGAAGCCGUUUGUCCAGGGCCUGUACCUCACCACCGACAGCCGUCAUCUCGUCGCCAUUACCGGAUCCGACAAGACCAUCUGGGUCUUUGAGCACGAUGGUGCCGGAAACCUCAAGCAGCUAAGCCAAAGAGCGAUGCCCAAGCGUCCUUGCGCUCUCGCCCUUACUCCCGACAACAAGACCAUCCUCUCGGCCGACAAGUUCGGCGACGUCUUUUCGCUCCCUCUUCUCUUCACCCCUUCCGAGCCCACGGCUUCCGCCGCUGCUGCUGCUGCUGCUGUUGCUACCACCACCACCAUUUCCGAGGUCGCCACCCCCGAACCCAUCCCCUCCACCCCGGCCACUCCCGCCGUUCCUACUCCUCCUCCUACGACCGACGUCGCCAAGGUGCAAUCGCUCUCCGUCAAGCCGCAAGCUAACGAGCUCACGGUGCACACGCUCCGCAACCUCAAGGCGCUGGAGAACCAGAAGCGCUGCCUGGAGCGGCAAAAAGCGGCCAAGCUCGCCGCGGCCCUGCAAGCCUCGCAGUUCGAGCACACGCUGCAGCUGGGCCACGUGUCCAUGCUCACUUCGGUGGCCGUGGUCGUGCACCCGGCCUACCCGGGCCGGACGUACAUCAUUACGGCCGACAGGGACGAGCACAUCCGCGUGAGCCGCGGUAUCCCGCAGGCGCACGUGAUCGAGGGCUUCCUUUUGGGCCACGACGAGUUCGUGAGCCGGGUGUGCAUCCCCGAGAAGCGCGGGGACGUGUUGAUCAGCGGCGGUGGCGAUGACGACUUGUUUGUGUGGGACUGGGUCAGCAGCAAGCUGCUGGGCAAGGCGCCGGUGUUGGCCGAGGUCAGGAAGGCGCUUGCUCCCGAGGAGGCGGAGAAGGUUACCAAGGUUGCUGUGACGAAGAUUUUCGAUGUUCAGCAGGGAGAGAAGACGCACAUCUUUGUCAUUUGCGAACGCAUCCCCCUUCUUCUAAUCUAUACCCUCACCUCCGACAACACCUUUCAACACACGCAAACCCUCUCCCUCCUCGGCACCCCGCUAGAUGUCGAGUACCUCAAGGCCGAUUCCAAGCUCAUCGUGUCCAUCGAUCCCAACACCUCGUCCGAGACCCAGGAGGAAGAGGCCAACAACGGCGGCGUAUCUUCCAUCCUCGCUCUGUCGUUUAACGAGUCUGUCUCCUCGGGCUGGAAGGUGGCGCCCACCGGUGGUCUCAAGGUGACUGAAGCGGCCGAGGACGAUAGUACUACGUUGACUCCCCAAGAUUUGCAGAAGCUUCUGUAUACCACGGAGAGCUUGAGGAAGACGAAUAAGGAUGACGAGUAG